GAGACGUCAUGGCUUGUGCAGACAUCCCUAUGGACAUCCUGGGUCCUGAGGCUGAGGCUGAGGCUGAGGCUGAGGCUGAGGAGCAGGAGUAUGAGGAGGCCGGGGACCAGAGAGGAGAAGCACUGAUCAAGUAUUACCAAGCCGCUGAACUAAUGCCUGCUCCCAAAGGACCCCUCCAUGACCUGUUACUGAAGCAGCCUGCAGUGUUGGGGUCUUUGCAGAUGAUGUGCGGUCUACUAAGUGUUGCAGUAGGAGUUGUGUUUGCUGCAACUCGGGAGGCAAGCCUGUCCCUUUUAACCAUGUUCAGAGUCGCACCCUUCACUGGACUAUUAUUCUUCAUCGCUGGGUUGUUAUCCAACCUGUUGUUCAAAUUCCCCAGACUAUUACCUGUCUGCCUGUGUGUCAACAUUGGCUGCAUGGUCGUAGCAGUAGUUGGAGGACUGUUGAUAUGCGUUGACUUGGCCAUAACUUCCUGGAAUCCCAAUGUUGACCAUCAUCUGAAGCUGGAGAUGCUGAUGCUCUGUGUGUUGGUUUUGGAGGUGACCCUCUCUGCUGUCCUCUCCUUCUGGAUCCGGGGAAUGAAACGCAGCCAUUCACUGUGAGCUGUUAUCUGUCUGCCAACUAUACAUGGACGUCCACAUCCAAAUAUAAAGGGAUUUUUUAAACAUUUUUGAUAGUGAGAGAGUAUGUCAAUGGGGGAAGAUAUGUUGUGUCAAAGGGCAGGGCCGUAGUGAAGGGAGUUAUUAUUAUAAUGUAGUCUCUACUUGAUUGUAAAUUAACCAUCAUCCGUAUUUCCAAGACAGAGAGUACUCUAAAAACCCAGCAACUGUUUAGCUUAGACCAUCAGUAUGUGCCCCAAUGUAUGAGAAAGUACAGCAGCCUCAGAUUUCUUUACCCACUAUCCAGCCUAUGUACGCUAGUGAUGAGUCCUCAAAAAGGGACUUCAUUUUUAGAUGCCCCGACGCCUAUCUGUGGGUUUUUAGAGUACUGUCUCAACCUCGGUGAUUGCCUCCCUGCCUGCCUGCCUGCCUGCCUGCCUGCCUGCCUGCCU